UCUUGCUAAAGCCUGCAAAGAGUGGAAUAAAAAGGUUAACGAAUACAAGAGAAUGAUAAAAGAUGGCCACGAAGCGAUAAAAAAACCCUACCCAAUCAAUCCCGGUGAGCCUUCUCCACCAUCUGACCCGAAUGAUAAACGAAUACUUCCUGGUGGACGACCGAUAGUUGCCUUGAUGGAUCAAAUUGGUAAAACACGUGAUCAUGAGUUCCCUAAACGAAAUAGUUCUAAUGUUGAAACAGAAGAAAAGAAAGUGGAUAUUGAGGAUGUCAAUGAUGAUAAAGAAGAAAAUUGUAAAACGUUAGUAGGCGGUGAUGAAGUAUUUGAAGACGACUUGGAUAUAGCUCUACGAUAUUUACCAACAC